UCUGGUUCUCCCUCUUACAAGACACUGGUGUGAGUGAGCUUGCAAUCGGAAGGUUCAGAAAUAUGGCUGCAGGAUUGGCCAUUACAAGUGAAGGGGGUCAGUACAAUGGCAGGAUGACCUCCUUUGUUGCUCUAUCUUGCAUGAUGGCUGCCAUGGGAGGAGUCAUUUUUGGCUAUGAUAUUGGAGUUUCAGGUGGUGUGACAUCAAUGGAUCCCUUCUUGAAGAAAUUCUUUCCGGAUGUGUACAGGAAAAUGAAAGAAGACACAGAAAUUAGCAACUACUGCAAGUUUGAUAGUCAACUUUUAACCUCCUUCACAUCCUCACUAUAUGUUGCUGGCCUUGUUGCUUCCUUCUUCGCCUCGUCGGUCACUAGAGCUUUUGGGCGCAAGCCAUCAAUUCUUUUAGGCGGUGCUGUUUUCCUUGCCGGCGCAGCCCUUGGUGGUGCUGCAGUUAAUGUGUAUAUGUUGAUAUUUGGCCGCGUCUUGCUUGGAGUUGGUGUCGGUUUUGCAAACCAGGCAGUUCCACUUUAUCUGUCUGAAAUGGCACCGCCAAGAUAUAGAGGGGCAAUCAACAACGGCUUCCAAUUUAGUGUUGGUAUUGGGGCAUUGUCUGCCAACCUUAUAAACUAUGGAACAGAAAAGAUUGAAGGUGGCUGGGGUUGGCGAAUUUCCCUAGCAAUGGCAGCAGUUCCAGCUGCAAUCCUGACAUUUGGUGCACUUUUCCUCCCAGAGACACCCAAUAGCCUGAUUCAGCGCAGCAAUGAUCAUGAGAGAGCCAAACUUAUGUUACAACGUGUGCGAGGUACCACUGAUGUCCAAGCAGAACUUGACGAUCUCAUCAAAGCUAGCAUAAUCUCAAGAACUAUUCAGCACCCAUUUAAGAAUAUAAUGCGAAGAAAGUAUCGGCCUCAACUAGUAAUGGCAGUAGCCAUACCAUUUUUCCAGCAAGUAACAGGGAUCAAUGUCAUUGCAUUUUAUGCUCCAAUACUUUUCAGGACAAUCGGCCUGGAAGAAAGUGCAUCCCUCUUAUCUUCUAUUGUGACAGGGCUUGUGGGUAGUGCGUCAACGUUCAUAUCGAUGCUUAUAGUCGAUAAACUUGGAAGAAGAGCAUUGUUUAUAUUUGGGGGUGUACAGAUGUUUGUAGCACAGAUAAUGGUUGGGAGUAUUAUGGCAGCUGAGCUAGGCGAUCAUGGUGGUAUAGGUAAAGGGUAUGCUUAUAUAGUUCUGAUUUUGAUCUGUAUUUACGUGGCUGGAUUCGGGUGGUCAUGGGGUCCUCUUGGAUGGUUGGUUCCUAGUGAGAUAUUCCCAUUAGAGAUUCGAUCAGCAGGGCAAAGUAUUGUGGUGGCAGUGAGCUUUUUAUUCACUUUCGUUGUUGCACAAACUUUUCUAUCUAUGCUUUGCCACUUCAAAUCUGGAAUUUUCUUCUUUUUUGGAGGAUGGGUUGUAGUGAUCACUGCCUUUGUGCACUUUUUGCUGCCAGAGACGAAGAAGGUGCCAAUUGAGAAAAUGGAUAUAGUGUGGAGGGACCACUGGUUUUGGAAGAAAAUUAUAGGGGAAGAAGCUGCUGAGGAAAAUAAUAAAAUGGAAGCAGCAUGAAAUACAUAAUUAGUCAAAUUUUAUUGCUGUACAAAUUCAUUUUACAACUGAAGUAAAGAAUGACAGAUUUUACUUAUAUUCCCACUCACUUUCCCUGCGUUUGAUCAAGGGAAAUGAUGAAAGGUCGUUAGCCCUUGUUAGGCUCAGUACUAAAACUAGGUGAAGAGAGUGUUAUACUUGAAUGUAAUUUCGAUCAUUAACAUAAUCAAACUAAAUGAAGCUGAGUUAAAAUGAAAUUUGAGCAUGUGAAACAGUAGGUCAAGCUUUCCCUAUCUCUACUAGGAUGUAGAACAAAGUCCUAUCGAGAAGAAGAAAAAAGAAAUUAUCUAUUGUACCAGCUGGUUUUUUUUUUUUAAAUUUAAUUCUUUAGC